AUGGGGUGGAAGCCGGCGCAAACGGCGAUUCGCGCGUGGAAGAUCCUGCGGGGCGACAAGGUGAUGGUGAUGGCGGGCAAGGACCGCGGGCAGACGGGCACGGUGACGGCCGUGCUCAAGGAGAAGAACCGCGUCGUGGUGGAGGGGCUCAACCUGUGUGUUUCACCAUCCAACCCCCUCCGCCCCCCUCUCUCCCCUACCCGCCCUCCUCCUCGUCUGUGGGCUCGUGCGCAUCCCGCUUCUUUCCUUGAGGGGUGUUUCCACAUUGGCCACUUGGUGAACAGAAGCCAGCACCAACUUCAUCUGCCGCUCACCUCACUCUCUACUACUCCUCCUUCCCCCACCCGGCAGCCCAAGAAGCACGAAUCUCACCGCCCUGCUCCCCUGCUCUGGUCCCCUCACCAGGGGGAGAGCACUGGAACAAGCGAAGAAGCAUGUGAAGAAGGCAGCGGACUCGCCCGGGGGAGUGAUCACAGUGGAGGCGCCCAUACCACCUCUCCAACCUCUCGCUGCUCGACCCUGAGACUGGUGCACCAUGCCCCCACAGUGCACCAUGCCCCCACAGUGCACCAUGCCCCCACAGUGCACCAUGCCCCCACAGUGCACCAUGCCCCCACAUGCACCAUGCCCCGUGGCGUUCCCUCUCUCUUCCCCUACUCUUCCCUCCCACUACCCUCUCUCAACCCCCCCAUGUAUGCCCCACCGCAGAGCACCAUGCCGGGUGGCAUUGCGCUACACGCAGGAGGGAGCGCAGUGCGCCGUGCCGGGGUGGCGAUCCGCUACACGGAGGAGGGCGCCAAGGUGAGGGUGGCGGCGGGCAGGAGUGCCUCAGGGGCCGUCAUCCCGCGGCCUGAAAUCCUCAAGAACCGCCGCACACCGCUCCCCACCGAAGGUGACCCACGUGCCUCUCUCCUACCCCCACCCACACUCGCUACCGCUCGUGCCGCCUGUGCUGGUCACUCUGUACUGCUCCCCACCCAAGGUGACCCGCACUUCUCUCAUCUCCCUCCACCACUGCUGCUGCGUCCACUCGCCUGCUCCCUGCCUCCCUGCUUUCCUGCCUCCGUUCGCGCUGGGCCUUGGUCUUCCAGUCGUCGCACUGUCCUUGCCCACCAGUGGGAGGAACGAGUUGCUAGCCUCUCCUGGCUGGGCAACCCAGUUCCUUCCUGCGACAGCCACACCCGUGAGCUUCCAUGCUUGUACCUCCUCCACUCACCCUCUCCUCACUCUCCUUACUCUUCCUCCUUAUCCACUCCUUCCCUCCCCCCUACGCCCCCUUCUCUCUCCCGCUCUCUUCCCUCCCCAUCACUCAGCGGGCCUGCGGGACACCACACCAGUGCCGAGGCGGCACAUGCAGUGACGAACGACUACCAGUCAGGGGAGGGCGGGCUGCCCUGCCCAUACCCUCCUCAUUCCUCCCCUGCCCGCCCUCUUUCCCCCUACUUCCCCCUCCCCCAUUCUCCAACCCUCUCAGCCUGUCCCUGGGACACAAGUCCCGAGGCGGGACAUGCAGUGAUGUAUGACUACCAGUCAGGGGAGGGCGGGCGGGCUGCAAUGCUCUCCUCAUCCCCCAUCUCCCCCCUUAUUUUCGUCUGCCACUCUCCAAUCCUCUCAGCUGGCCCGCGAGACACAAGCCCCGAGGCGGCGCACGCAGUGACGUACGACUACCAGUCAGGGGAGGGCGAGCUUGCAGCCUUUGGCGCUCUCAUUCCUUUCCAUUUCCCCCCCUCCCCUUCCCUCAGCCGGCCCGCGAGACACAAGUCCCGAGGCAGCGCAUGCAGUGACGUACGACUACCAGUCGGGGGAGGGCGGGCUGCCCCCCCUGGUGUGGCGCAACGAGCGGUGGGAGGUGGACACGGCCAAGUGGCACGCCAGGAUCGCUGCUGCUGCCAAGAUGCGCGGGUCUGCUGGAAUAAGGGGCGCUGCUGCCAAGGCUGUGGGCGGGGCAGGGCACAGGUCUAA